UGAGAAUUUUUCAUUAAAACUUAUUUGGGCUACAUUUUUUUGUUAGCGCGCGUGCUGUGAACGCCGCUGAAUGAUAGCUCUGAGUGCAUUGUUAACGAAGUACACGAUCGGUAUUAUGAGCAAUCUAAGCAAUGGCAAUCCUCAACAGCAACAGAACCAGCAGCAGCAGCAGCAGCAACAACAGCAGCAGCAGCCACCAAAUGCAGCAGCAGCAGGACAGGGGAAUGCUGUGGGUGGGGGCGCAGGUGCGGACAUAGAAAUGAUAGCUCUUCCUCCGCCUGGACUGGGGGCUGCCGUGGGCGUGGCGGCAGUCCAGCGACAACGUCUGCUCCAGCAGGCUCACCAGAACACCGCCGCCGAAGGCAGUGGCCUGGAACGAGGCAGCUGCCUGCUUCGCUAUGCCUCGCAGAACUCCCUGGACGAGAGCUCGCAGAAGCACGUCCAGCGGCCCAACGGCAAGGAGCGCGGCACAGUGGGUCAAUACAGCAACGAGCAGCACACAAUUCGCUCCUUCGAUGCCAUGAACGAGAUGCGCAAACAAAAACAACUCUGUGAUGUCAUAUUGGUGGCCGAUGAUGUGGAGAUUCAUGCCCAUCGCAUGGUCUUGGCCUCGUGCAGUCCCUACUUCUAUGCAAUGUUCAACAGCUUCGAGGAGUCGCGUCAGGCGCGAAUCACACUGCAGAGCGUGGAUGCACGAGCACUGGAACUGCUCAUCAAUUAUGUGUACACGGCAACGGUGGAGGUGAACGAGGAUAAUGUACAGGUCCUGCUGACGGCCGCCAAUCUGUUGCAGCUAACCGAUGUGCGGGAUGCCUGCUGUGAUUACCUGCAGACCCAAUUGGAUGCCAGCAAUUGUCUGGGCAUACGCGAGUUUGCCGAUCUUCAUGCCUGCGCGGAGCUGCUGAACUAUGCGGAGACCUACAUCGAGGAGCAUUUCAACGAGGUGAUCCAGUUCGAUGAGUUUCUGAAUCUAUCGCACGAGCAGGUUAUCAACCUGAUAGGAAACGAUCGGAUUUCGGUGCCCAAUGAGGAGCGCGUCUACGAGUGUGUGAUCGCCUGGCUGCGCUACGAUGUGCCCAUGCGGGAGCAGUUCACCUCGGCCCUGAUGGAGCAUGUGCGCCUGCCGUUCCUGUCCAAGGAGUACAUUACACAGCGCGUGGACAAGGAAAUGCUGCUGGAGGGGAAUAUUAUAUGCAAGAAUCUCAUCAUAGAGGCCCUCACCUAUCACCUGCUGCCCACGGAGACGAAAUCCGCACGUACAGUGCCCCGGAAGCCGGUGGGCAUGCCCAAAAUAUUGCUGGUGAUUGGCGGCCAGGCACCCAAGGCCAUACGUGCCGUCGAGUGGUACGAUCUGCGCGAGGAGAAGUGGUACCAGGCUGCCGAGAUGCCCAAUCGUCGCUGCCGCUCCGGUUUGAGUGUGCUGGGGGAUAAGGUCUAUGCCGUGGGUGGCUUCAACGGUGCGCUGCGUGUCCGCACGGUGGAUGUGUACGAUCCGGCCACCGAUCACUGGGCCCAAUGCUGCAACAUGGAGGCCCGGCGAUCUACUCUGGGCGUGGCUGUCCUCAACGGCUGCAUCUUUGCCGUGGGCGGAUUCGACGGCACCACCGGACUCUCCAGUGCCGAGAUGUACGACCCCAAGACUGAUAUCUGGCGAUUCAUUGCAUCCAUGUCCACGCGUCGCAGUUCCGUGGGUGUGGGCGUCGUCCAUGGCCUGCUCUAUGCCGUCGGCGGCUACGAUGGCUUCUCCCGCCAGUGUUUGUCCUCCGUGGAGCGUUACAAUCUCGACACAGACACCUGGUCAGCCAUCGCCGAGAUGUCUUCCCGUCGCAGUGGAGCCGGCGUGGGAGUGAUGAACAACAUCCUGUAUGCGGUGGGGGGCCACGAUGGGCCCAUGGUACGCAAGUCCGUUGAAGCCUACGACUGUGAGACCAACACCUGGAGCUCAGUGUCGGACAUGUCCUAUUGUCGCCGCAAUGCCGGCGUGGUGGCCCACGAGGGGCUGCUCUAUGUGGUCGGGGGCGAUGAUGGCACCUCCAAUUUGGCCUCCGUGGAGGUCUACUGCCCGGAGUCGGACAGCUGGCGCAUCCUGCCCGCCCUGAUGACCAUUGGACGCAGCUACGCGGGCGUCUGUAUGAUCGAUAAGCCCAUGUGAAUGGAAGAGCAGGGUGCAUUGGCACGCCAAGCGGCUUCGUUGGCCAUAGCACUGAUGGAUGAUGAGAACAGCCAGGCUGAGGGGACGAUGGAGGGUGCCAUUGGUGGUGCCAUUUAUGGCAAUAUCCCACCAGUUGGAGCGGCUGCUGCUGCAGCAGCUCCAGUCCAGCCAUCGGCGGCUCUUCAGCUCCCAAAUCAUCCACACUACGAGAACAUCUAUGCGCCAAUCGGUCAGCCCAACAAUAAUCAAAUUGUGGCCGCCGCCAAUGUCAAUGCCCCUGCAAAUGUUGAGGAAGCACCUCAACAGCCGCCCCAACCAGCGCCAACAGAAGCCAAUGCCAACAUGAAUCCACCCCCACAGCCAGGACCCACACCACCACCGCCACAGCAACGCGUACUGCCAAUGAACAACUAUCGCAAUGAUUUAUACGAUCGAUCUAUAGCUGGUGCGGGGAUGCUGGGCACCAACGCCGCUACGGCUGCGGCCGCCUACGAUGUGCCACGAGCAGUGCGCUCAGGCCUGGGAUACCGUCGAAACUUUCGCAUAGAUAUGCAGAAUGGCAAUCGCUAUGGCACCGGACUGCGUUGCACGCCACUCUACACAAACAGUCGCUCGAAUUGUCAGCGUCAGCGCAGCUUUGACGACACCGAAUCCACCGAUGGUUACAAUCUGCCCUAUGCCACAGCUGGCACAAUGCGCUAUGAGAACAUCUACGAGCAGAUACGCGACGAGCCCAUCUAUCGACCCACUGCCGCUAACCGAGUGCCGCUCUAUACACGCCUCGAUGUGCUGGGGCAUGGCAUAGGACGAAUCGAGCGACACCUCAGCUCCUCCUGCGGCAACAUUGAUCACUAUAAUCUGGGAGGCCAUUACGCUGUGCUGGGACACUCGCAUUACGGAACAGUUGGGCACAUACGCCUCAAUGCCAAUGGGGCAGGCGGCACGACUGCGAGUGGAGGAGCAGGAAGCAGCACUUGCAACGUGCCCAGCUGUCAGGCGUAUGUGGGGAGUGCUAGUGCCGCUGCGGCAGCGGCUGCAGCCGCUGGAAUGGAUUACGGCAACGUAAAGGUGCCCGUGAAGAACAGCGCAUCGAGUUUCUUUAGUUGCCUGCACGGCGAGAAUUCGCAGAGCAUGACCAACAUUUACAAGACGACAGCAGCGGCGAUGGCUGCCCACAACUCUCCACUAACGCCGAAUGUGUCCAUGGAGCGUGCGGCACGCUCCGCCUCCGCUGGAGCCACGGGAGCAGUCGUAGAGGAUCCAUCCGUGCCGGAAAGCGCUUCCAGUUCAUCAGUGAGCAGUGCCACACGCCCAACAGGAGCCAUACCCAAGGUAAAGGCGGCCAGCAAGGCGUCCAAGGAGUCGGCUAAUUCUUCUACUUCUCCAUCUACCGCUGGCUUAGACAAAAGUGGAUCCACUGCGUCGGUCAAGAGUGGAUCAACGGCGGGCGUCAAGAGCGGCUCAACGGCGGGAGUCAAGAGUGCAGCCUUGGCCAAAAAAACGACAUCGGCAUCGACAUCGACGACAGCCCGAUCAAGUUCUUCCGGAGAUGCCAACGGAAACGGAAACGGAACUCUGAACCGCAUAUCCAAGUCCAGUCUGCAGUGGCUGCUGGUGAACAAAUGGCUGCCACUGUGGAUCGGCCAGGGGCCCGAUUGCAAGGUGAUCGACUUUAACUUUAUGUUUUCGCGGGAUUGCGUUAGCUGCGACACCGCCUCCGUGGCCUCUCAGAUGUCGAAUCCCUAUGGCACACCACGUUUGGGUGGCUUGCCCCAGGACAUGGUUCGCUAUCAGAGCUCCUGCAGUGGAUCCUGUGCAGCUUCGCCUGUUUCCUCUACCAUGCGUCGGGAUCCAAAUGCAGCGGCCCGUCCUCUUCACAGCACUUUGAGUCGAUUGCGGUGUGGAGCAGCCGACAAGCGUAAUCAGAAUGGAGCAGCGGCCUCAAAUUACAGAUACGAGGAUCCCUCGUACGAGAAUGUGCACGUUCAGUGGCAGAAUGGCUUCGAAUUUGGACGCUCGCGUGACUACGAUCCCAGCUACCACCAUCAGCGUCCGAUGCUGCAGCGUGCGAGAUCCGAGAGUCCCACAUUCAGCAAUCAACAGCGACGCCUACAACGCCAGGCAGCCCAGGCACAGCAGCAGCAGCAGCAGGCGCAGCCAUCUGCCGCCAAACCGGGGGAUCCCUUCAAGAACUACAAGCUGAAUGCGGAGAACAAUAGUUUCAAGCCGAAGCCGCCAGCACCAGUGGAAUUGCCCGACGAACUCGAGGGUGCUGUGGGUGGUGCAGCUGUGGAAGUGUCUAUUGCGGAAGUGGAGGCGGUGGAUCUGCCUGUGGAUCCUCCUGUCAAUUUGAGUGAUAAUGAGACUGAGACAACCAGCAGUCAAAAUAACCCUCAAUGCCCUAACACCGCCAGCAGCAGCAGUAGCAGCAGCAGCCAGAAUAAUGUGAAUGAGAACCACGACUAAAAUCGGCUGUAGUUCAAUUUGUUUUUAAUAGCAGCUUUUAAUUUACUAUUUUUUUUAGUUUUGUGUUAAUUUUUGUGUCAUUUGGCCCAACGCUGCUCCUCUCCUAAAAAUUGGAUCUCAAAAAAUGAAAAUUCAAAAUCGAAUCGACCAAAAAAAAAAAAACCGAUCAAAUUCGAAUUCAAUUUUAAAAAUUUUAUAAAAUAUUUAUACUUAAGAGAAAAAUAUUCACAUGGUAGAAUUUGAUAGCAUUACAAUACAUAUAAGGGGCAACAUUUUGUGUAACCAGCCAAAGCUCAAGAUCGAAUAUUAUGUUGGAUAAACUAGUUUGUAGUUCAAUGAAGAAUUUUUUUGUGUCAUAAGCGCCAUAUCAAGCACUCACACACAC